AUCCUUUUCAAGGGACAAAUUCCUGAGUCUGGCAAGAGUGGUCGAUACUCGAUAUUACGGUACCACAUGGUAACGGAGGUAAAAUGGCGUUAAAUGUUCCUUGUGUCGCUGUAAGAGGUUCCAUUGGAAUCAGCUUAGGACAAGGCCCACCAUCGUAUGAACCAGUAAAAUCAUUUCCUAAAGAUGAUAGUAAAACAUGUAAAGCAAUGGCUUUUAGCCCAGAAGGACGUUAUUUUGCAUGGAUCAAUGGAAUGACUGCCAAGAUUUUACAUUGUUCUACAUGGAAAAUUAUUACAGAAAUCAAAAGGCCCAAAAUUUCUGCAAUUCAAUUCUCCACUCGAAGCACAUAUUUUAUGACAUGGGAACCAUUCAUUGCAACAACAUCAAAUCCUCAAGGAAUAGCAAAUCUUCAUAUAUGGAAAUCAGAGACUGGAGAACUGGUGAAGAGUUUUAUACAGAAAAAACAAUCAGAUUGGGAACCUCAAUGGACAAGUGAUGAAAAAGUCUGUGGGAUGUUAGUUGGUGCAGAUGUCAUUCUAUAUGAAGAUGUGAAUUUUAAUAAGAUUAUGUACAGAAUAAAUGUAGCCAAAGUUGCUAAAUUUAGUAUAUCACCAAGUAAUACUCCAUACUAUAUUCUCUGUUAUAUGCCGGGAAAAUCGGAUCAACCUUCAUUUGGGAGACUAUUUCAAUAUCCAAAGUUUGAGUCCACACAAGCUUUAGCAAAUAAAAGUUUUUUUCAGGCGGACAGAGUAAACAUUUAUUGGAAUAAUAAUGGAACAAAUGUCUUAUUAAUGACAAGUACAGAAGUUGAUAAAACAGGUGCUUCAUAUUAUGGAAAACAGACUUUACACUAUCUUAGUACAAAAGGAGAAACUGCUUUGGUUAUGCUUAGUAAUAAAGGUCCCAUACAUGCUGUUCAGUGGUCUCCUAAAAAUAAUGAAUUCUGUGUUGUAUAUGAUUUUAUGCCAGCUAAAGCCACAUUAUUUAAUCUUAAAUGUGAACCAAUAUUUGAGUUUGGUUCUCUGCAUCGAAAUAGCAUUUAUUACAAUCCUCAGGGGAAUAUUCUAAUUUUGACUGGAUUUGGCAACCUCCGUGGUGGUAUCGAAUUAUGGGAUGUUGGUAACAGAAAAUUAAUUGCAAAAACUGAAGCUCCUGAUACAACACUUCUUCAAUGGUCGCCAGAUGGAGAACAUUUUAUGACUGCAACUACUGCACCUAGGCUUCGAAUGGGCAAUGGUUUUAAGAUUUGGCAUUAUACUGGAACUUUAUUAUAUGAGCGACCAUGGAAUGAACAAGAAGAACUUUGGGAAGUUUUAUGGCAAACUUUUUCACCAGGAACAUUUCCAGAGAAACCAAUUAGUUAUAAAGCUGUUGAAGGAAUUGCUCCUAGUCAACCACAAGCAUCAAAACAAGUAUAUCGACCACCUUCUGCAAGAGGAGAAACUAUUUCUUUUAAAUUGCGCGAUGAUGAAAUGUUCAAAGAUAAAAAAAAAACUCCAAAAUCUACAACAAAAGCAAAGAAAAAGACAAAGAAAACUACAAAGGAAUCAGAAGCACUUGCAUCUUCUCAAUCAAAUAAUCCAAGUACAAAUGGACAAGUUACUACAAGUACUGAAACUCAGAAUUUAACUACAAAUGUUCCUGAAUGUGAUAAUUUGGAAAGGAGUAAGAAAAUUAAAAAAAUUAAAAGUAAAUUAGAGCAGAUUUCAAAAUUAAAGGAACUGCUAGUAGCUGGGAAGCAAUUAGAAAUCAAUCAAUUAGAUAAGAUCAAGAAAGAAGCUGAUUUAAUGAAAGAACUCGAAGAACUUGCUUUAUGAUGAACAUUUCAAAUUGCGGAUAUGUAUGGUUUUUAAAAAAAAUCUAAAUAUUUCUUUUAAAAAUGGAAAAUGAUCUCGGUCUCUCACAUACGAUAUUACAUACGUACAGAAGUUACGUUUGGCUGUACAUAAAAUUUUCAUUAUCUGAAGAGGAGAUAGUGGGAACAAAUUAAAUUUUGAAAGUGCAUUGAAUAGGUUUCCACGUCAUUAAAGUUAUUAAAAUUUAAAAUAUAAAUUCUUUUUUUAAGCGAUGAUAAUGAAAUUAAAAUGGUCCAUCGCUAUAUCUUUUUUGAUAGUUAGAAAUGAAAAUAUUUUUUUUCUUCAUUCUAAUAUUUCUAAAUAGCACUGAAGAAUAUUACAACAGUCCAAUAACGACCAAGCUUCCUUAUCGUAUAGUCCUGUAUAAGAAUGUUGCAUUAUAAAAAACUUACCCUUUCUGGUAUUACAUUUGAUAAAUAAAAGUUAUACUGGAUAAAUCGCGUUAUCUUGAAAUUCAAUUUUUUGAAAAAGUUGACUUUUAAUAGAUUACGCGAUUUACUCAUACAUAUAAAGAGCAUAAUGUGAUGGAAAUAAUAUAACUAUAAAAUCGAAUGCAUAUAAAAUUUGUUCUUGGAGACAGAUGCUGUCAUUGCAAUUUUUAUGUUUAUAAAUUAUUCCACACUUAUUCUAUUUUUGUUUUAUCAAUUUUUUCAUGAAAAUUUAGCGAGGGUUAAAAAUAGACAUAUCAUUUUGUGAUUUCAUAAUUAUCAAAGUCAUUUCAUGAAUAUUUUCUGAACUUUUCGUUCUUAUAUAUAUUUUUGUUUUGUGCCUUGCAUUAUGUUUAAGAUUCAGAUUUUAUAUUUUUCUUGCUGUCAAGGAUUAUAAGACUGGUCAGAUUAAAGUACUAUUACGUGGCACAGUGUAAUAAAUAAAUAAAAAAACUGCCAAAAAAUUACCAACUAUAUUCCACGACUAAAGGAACAUUUUUAAGUAAUAAAGAAAAUUUAGCUUUUUCAAUUAGUUAAUUUUUUAAAGUACUGUUCUUCAAUAAUGUUCAAAGUUGCCCUUGCUUAUUUUACAGAUUGUCGUAUAAAUUUUAACAACAAUCUGUGUUUUGUAACAAGGAUAGUUGUUGUAUUGUUUUAAUUUAAUAUUUACUGAUAUUGAGAUUUUUAGGUUUAUUUGAACAAAUAAAUUUGUACAAUAUAAAUUGUACAAAUUAAGAGGAAAAUAAAUUUUUUACCUCAUUUCUAUUUUGACAUUAAUAAUUAAAAAAACUUAAAUGCAAUUGGAAAAAUCUAGUAAAAAAUAUGACUAAAAUUCAUUAAAUUAUAAUUGUGAAAAUUAUGUAUCAUUACUUCUGACAUAUACAUUCUAUCAUAUACAUAUAAAUUAUGAAUGAUGAGUGAUGGGUUUAUCAUAAAUUGAAUUACAUAAAAAAAAUCACAAUGGCCAAUGUUGUGUAUACUUACAUGAAAUUUAUGAAAAUAAAUUAUUAAAAACAAAAAUGUCAA